CAAUCAUGAAAUGACCUUGCUCUCUAGCUAAAUUAUUUUGUAUUAGUCAGUGUCUGGCAAGAAAGAAAGGUUGCUAUCCUGUCUGUCGCGCAGGAGGGAGGUUCUGAAAAAGUGGGAGGGUUUUGGAUGCGGCGCCCGAGGGUUGUGUUUGUUUCUACGAGCUGCUUGCGAGGGGAGGAGAAGAUUGUGGUAUUUGGACGGGACAAUGGCGGCGCUAGCAGUCUCUUUUCGGAGGUUGUUACAGGCCUUCCUUGCAAGUUUUUGCUGUUCAGUUGCUUUGACGAUGACAACUGCAACUGGAUUGCUUCUGUUCCUUCUUCCUGAAGCAGCAACGGCCUUGCAAUGUUUUUGUCUUCAUUGUACAAAAGAGAACUUUACAUGUACAACAGAUGGGCUCUGUCUUACUUCAGUGACACGGAAUAGAAACAAAAUUCAACGCAAUAGUAUGUGUCUUGCAGAAGUUGAUCUUUUUCCCAGAGACAGGCCAUUUGUUUGUGCUAUUUCAACAAGUGAAGGAGGAAUUACAGUGCCUCAUUGCUGUGAUAGAGACUUCUGCAAUAAAAUAGAUCUCCCAAUUCCAACACCAGGUCCUGUAACAGGGAAAUUUUCUUCUACACUAGGACCGGUGGAAUUAGCUGCUGCCAUUGCUGGGCCAGUUUGUUUUCUUUGUAUUUCACUUAUGUUGAUUCUUUAUAUCUGCCAUAAUCGUACAUUCAUACACCAUCGAGUUCCAAGUGAAGAAGAUCCUUCAAUGGAGCGACCAUUUAUAUCUGAGGGAACUACUUUAAAAGAUUUAAUUUAUGAUAUGACCACUUCGGGAUCAGGAUCAGGUUUGCCAUUACUUGUUCAGAGAACAAUUGCACGAACAAUUGUACUACAAGAAAGUAUUGGAAAAGGUCGCUUUGGAGAAGUCUGGCGAGGAAAAUGGAGAGGAGAAGAAGUUGCAGUAAAAAUAUUCUCUUCAAGAGAAGAACGCUCAUGGUUUCGUGAAGCUGAAAUCUAUCAAACAGUUAUGCUCCGUCAUGAGAAUAUUCUUGGAUUUAUAGCUGCAGACAAUAAAGAUAAUGGUACAUGGACACAACUCUGGCUAGUGUCAGAUUAUCAUGAGCAUGGUUCUCUUUUUGAUUAUUUGAACAGGUACACUGUUACUGUAGAGGGAAUGAUAAAGCUAGCAUUGUCAACUGCUAGUGGACUUGCACAUCUUCACAUGGAGAUUGUUGGCACACAAGGUAAACCAGCUAUAGCUCAUAGAGACUUGAAAUCAAAAAACAUAUUGGUAAAGAAAAAUGGAACAUGUUGCAUUGCUGAUUUAGGUCUGGCAGUAAGACAUGAUUCAGCUACAGAUACAAUAGAUAUUGCACCAAAUCACAGAGUGGGAACAAAGAGGUACAUGGCUCCUGAAGUACUUGAUGAUUCGAUAAACAUGAAGCAUUUUGAAUCUUUCAAAAGAGCAGAUAUUUAUGCAAUGGGACUAGUGUUUUGGGAAAUAGCUCGUCGAUGUUCAAUUGGUGGAAUCCAUGAAGAUUAUCAGUUACCAUAUUACGACCUUGUCCCUUCUGAUCCUUCAGUUGAGGAAAUGAGAAGAAUUGUUUGUGAACAGAAGCUACGACCCAAUACUCCAAAUAGAUGGCAAAGUUGUGAGGCAUUACGAGUAAUGGCCAAGAUUAUGCGAGAAUGCUGGUAUGCUAAUGGUGCAGCUAGACUAACAGCUUUACGGAUAAAGAAAACUCUGUCACAACUCAGUCAGCAAGAAGGAAUAAAAAUGUGAUUUAGGAAAUAGUGUUCAAGAAAACAAUUUGAACACCAAUAUGUGCACCUGGCUUGUACAUUAAACAUUGUUCUACCUCACUGAGGGAACAGAAGAAUAUUGCUGCCUUUUAUACAAUAAGAUAAUCAGUUAUUAGUCCAGGAUUUCUCUAGAUGCAGUAAACUGUUGUACAGAAUCUUAAUUAUUUUUUUGAAAGUCACAUUGGUAUCUAUUAUGUUCCAAACAAAAAAAAAAUAAGCUUGAGAGUGGAACUUAUGUAUGCCAUGUAUGGUGCUCAAGGACAAUAGGAAAGAUAUGAUAAUGAUGGUACGCUGUAUAUUGUCAUAUUGUUUUAUUCUGAUAUUAAGAUGCUAUUAUUGAAUGCCUUUCAUUGAAACUUACAUGACCUUAUUUCAUCUGGAACACACAUGCAAUUUAUGCAAUACUUUGUAUUAUAUGUCUAUCGUUUACAUCAUAUCAUAACUUGCCUUUAUAACCAUUGUAAUGCAUAAGUGCCAUUUUUAAAUUAUCUUGAUGCUGUUCAUUAGGAUAUACAAAGUCUUGGUCCUUGUGAAAUGACAGUAAAUCUGUAUUUAAUCUGCUGGCUUCUACAUACUUUGAUAUUACCAAAUUUUUGGAUUUCCAAGGCAGCAUUGCCAAGUUUCUGCUAAUUGGGAAUUCUAAUUUACAGGAUGGUACCAUGUUGGAUGGUACCAGACUGAUUGGCUACAGGAUGAUUUCACACUCAUGCAUGAAUUUCUUUUUAUGAAAUAUUUUUUCUCUAGAGCAUAGAAACUGAAGUAUGCAGAUUAAUUAUAUGCUAUUCCUAUACUUUAUAUAUAACAGUGAACAGGGGUAUCAAAUAUGGAGCUCUGAAAAAGCUUUACCUGUAAAAAAUACUUGUGUUUUUUUUACAUUCAGUAUGAACACUAACCUCUUAAAAUAAACCCUCUUAAAUAUUCUGAAAAAAUAUUUUCAGAAAAAAAAAUCAUUGUUAUUUCUGUGCAAUGAAAACUUCUUUGCUAAAAUUUGAUCAUUGCUAAAUGUUUUUCUGGGGAUGAUCCAUGUAGAAAAAUGUGGUCUGUUAAUAAUCUUACUGGACUUAUUCUGUAUGCGCCAAAAAGGAAUUUCCUAGUAUCUAGAGUUGUUUAUGUGGAUUUGGUCAAUACACAAUUCUUAAUGUUGGCUUUCAUUGACUGAUAAUGAACUUUGGAGAAAUGAAGAAGCUAAGUAUAGACAUUAUCUUCCAGUCAUGCCCACCCCACUCAUGCCAGCAGAGAUCUACUGCAGAUCCCAUUGGUCAAAGAACUCCAGCUGACGAGAUCUGGAAGAGCUUUCUCUGCUCACAUGCCCAUUGGAACAGCCUGCCUCUUGGGAUAAGAUCUGCCCGCAGCCUCCUAUGAUUCCAUACGAGUCUAAAGAUCUGGGUCUAAAAGUUGGCCUGAGGACCCAAUGGGGGAGUACCACACUGGAGAUGGCUACUCAACCUUGGCAAGGAGAAAACAUCUACCCUAAGGAAGUCUAUCUAUUGGAAAAGAAAUACAUAAUACACUGGGUUGAACAGAAGAUGGGAGGAACCUUUUCUGUCCCCAUCCUGGUCAAAAUUAAAAAGCAGAUGGCAGCAGUGAAAGUUCUUAAAAGUGUGCUCCUUUUCGUCAAUAAUAUUUUAAGAGUCCUAGAAACUGUUUAACUUCAGUUUAGAUAAACAUCUUUUCUAAUAAAAUUCUCUAAACAACUAGCUUGAUAAGAUUCUUUUCAAAGAUGGUACCCUUGUUUAAUGGACCAAGGUAGUCCAGCAUUCAACUAUUUUAUAUGGCAAAGAUAAUACUGAAAUUGUUUUAUCGUCAUAGUAAUUGGAAGAUAACAUGCAGAUUUGGUCAUCUUUUCAGAUUCUACUGAUUACCAAUUAAUUUAAGUUAAAAAUAAUGGAAAACUUAAAAAAUCGUUAAUUUAAAAAAGAUUUUAAGGGUCCUAUACCCCUACUAAUAUUCCACAAGUAUUGGAUCUUUAUAAUUUAUUUCCUUUAUAUACACAGAUAUAAAAUACAUUCUUUUGACUCCUACUGUUGCUGCAUUGCUAACCUAAAUGUUUACACAGUAGAUAUUAGAUAAGGUUGUAAUUUUGCUGUUUAGUAAUAUUUAAAAUUAUAGAGAUACUGAUCAUAUCAGAUUGCUUACAAAAUGAUUUUAAGGAACAAUAUCCCAUAAUUCGAAAAAAUCUUAAGUUUAGGUUUAGGCUCACUUGGAUCAAGUUCAACUCCUUAUUCUUUAUUUAAUUUAUUCCAUUUCUUUCCAAUGACUCCCUAACACUCUGCCGAUCCAAAUUCUCAUUUUCACUGAAGUUACAUGAAUAGUAACAAACAUCUGUUUUAACAAGCUUUGGUCUAGUUGCCAUGAUUUAAUCUUUUAAUAUACUUUUGGCCUGAAUGAUUGAAUCUUCAUUUACAUAAUGAUCUGGAGAAAUAAUCAAAUACUUAAAAAUUAAGAAUUUUACUAAAUACUUCAAUUGCUGCCCAUCUUUUAAUUUUUCACAAACCUAUAUAAAAAUGGUUGUUCUAAAAAUGAAUUGCAACCCAAGCUCCAUGAAUUCAUUUAGCCUAUUUGUAUUGUACUAAAACAAUACAAAUUAAAACAGCUUCAGAAGUAUCUUUAUAUUUUUAAAAUACUGCUUUAAUCAAAUUACCUCAUGACAAAAUAUAUUUACCUCUAUAUUUAAUGUUUCUCAAAAUUAUGAAGCUUGAGUAUUUUGUUUCUCUUAAUGUGUCUUAAAGUAUGAUAUUGUUCUGAUCAAUCUGCAACAUUGCUGAUAUUUGGCUAGCUCUAAUUCAAAGUACUCUGCUACUUGGAAUUCUUGCUAAAAUAGGCUUUUUUGUUGAGUUUCCUAUUGGAAGGCCACCUAAUAUAUUCUGGACAGAAGGAUCCACAUAAUGGCCUAAUGCAAGUUUUAAUGGGCAUAUGCAGAGAGUAGUAUCUGCACAAUUAAGCAGACAAUAGAUUAGCUGGUUGAUGGCUUUUUUGUCCAAAUUGCUCAUUUUUUAUUUUUUGAUAGUUUUGGUAGUUUUUCAAGAACUUUUCAAGGUAAAGACAUUCUUAACAGAUUGAUGCAUUUUGAGAAUCUGUAUAAAUAUCAAUUUUAAGUCUUCAUUUCUCUAUAAUUUUUGAUUAUGUAUUUGAAGAGUAUACAAUUUGGAAAUGUACAGUAAAUUGUUGAUUAUUAUUAAGUGCUAACAUUAAGUAGAAAAUAACAAAGCAGUGACAUUUUUCUUUUUCCCGUCCUUCAUUUUAGAAUUUUGUUUGAAAAAACUAUUGUUUAAAUAUUAUGGAUUAACAUUAUACGUUGUCCCAUUACAUUUUCUGGUUCUGAAAAAUGAGGACAAAAUAUUGAAUUAAUAGUUUGUUGAAGAAUUUCGCAGUUACCUAAAGUUUUUGAAGCAAUUUUAUGGUUUAAAGUACUUUAAAUGUUAUGUAGUGCUUUUUUAAAAUGAAACUUGCAAUGGACAUAAUGUACCAAGGACACCUGCUGCUUUUAUACUAUAAAAUAAAGUAUAGCUGAAGUAGAUGUCAUUCCAAUUUCAGUUAUAUUUUACAUGAAUUUUUCAGCAAAAUCUAGAUUGAACUCAUUCAAGUUUGAGUUUAAUAGAUUUAUGUGGAAAGAAAAUAUUUUGAGCACAAUCCUGUUUGUUUCUUGAUCAGUCAGCUUUGCACGUUUGCAGCAUUUUUUGUAUCUUAGUUUUACAUUUAAGACUUAUAAGACAUUCUAUUAUAUGAAUUUUCAGUGUAACCAAUGCUGAAAUAUUUUGAAAUAAAUUUAGACAUCAAUCAA